GGAGUCCAGACUUCCUUAAGGCCCAGGGCACAGCUCCACGCAUGCUCAGCACCUACCAGGGUCGAGCUCACACACGUGCUUACGACCCGCCGCGGCGCCUGCGCGGUAGCAGCGCAGAGUCGGUGCCCUUAGUACGGCGCUGGCACCUUUAGUCUCGCCGGCCGCGCGAACCCGUUUGUGCUCAGUAUCCUAGUGCACACGCCUUGCAAGCGACGGCGCCAUGAGUCUGACUUCCAGUUCCAGCGUACGAGUUGAAUGGAUCGCAGCAGUUACCAUUGCUGCUGGGACAGCUGCAAUUGGUUAUCUAGCUUACAAAAGAUUUUAUGUUAAAGAUCAUCGAAAUAAAGCUAUGAUAAACCUUCACAUCCAGAAAGACAACCCCAAGAUAGUACAUGCUUUUGACAUGGAGGAUUUGGGAGAUAAAGCUGUGUACUGCCGUUGUUGGAGGUCCAAAAAGUUCCCAUUCUGUGAUGGGGCUCACACAAAACAUAACGAAGAGACUGGAGACAAUGUGGGCCCUCUGAUCAUCAAGAAAAAAGAAACUUAAAUGGACACUUUUGAUGCUGCAAAUCAGCUUGUUGUGAAGUUACCUGAUUGUUUAAUUAGAAUGACUACCACCUCUGUCUAAUUCACCUUCGCUGGGUUCUAAAUGUGGUGUAUUGCAAACUGCAGCUUUCACAUUCAUGGCAUUUGUCUUGAUGAAACAUCGUGGUGCACAUUUGUUUAAACAAAAAAAAAAAAAAAAGGAAAAACCAACCUCGUGGCCUGUGGGUUAUUUUGGUCUUGUAAGGAUCCGUUUCUUUAAAAUAUUGACAUAUAGAGUUGUAUCUUACAUAGAAUAUAGUUGUAUCUUGAAGUCAACAUAUUAAAUUAUUCUCAAAAUUAUGUAUUUGCAGAUUGUACUUGUAAGUUUCAAAGAAAAAUUACCAUCUUUUCAUAUUAACCUAGAAACUAAAUAUGAUGUGAUUCAGCUAUAUAAAUUUCUUAAUACAAUCUAGGAAAGACCUGUUGUGACCUUGAUUUUCUUGACAUUGGUAAUGACAUUGAGAAAGUAUGGCUUCUGUUUUUCACAGUUUUCAAUCAAAAUGAUUGAUGAAUGUUAUUCUGCUUAAUUUCACAAGUAAGGUCAAUAAUAAAGGGGUGGUAACUUCUUCGUAUUCAUCUUCAUAGAUACUUAAUGAAGAUGGAUCCAUUAAAGGAGCUAAUAGUGAAAAUGUAGUUAAAAGUGAUAUUAGAUUUAAAUUAGUCAUGAAGAAUGUCUUAAAAUCUAAUGUUCCAGAAUUCUGGCCCAAGGAAUGGUAAGCACUUGAACUGAGGACUUUGAAGGAAUUGGAGCACAUAAUGUCAAGCCUUUUGAUCACUAAGCCACAUAUCCUGACAGAAAUAGUAGUCACAAGAUUAGAUCAAAGGCGUGGGAAGAUUUUUUUUCCCACUCUAGCUAAUGAAGCACAUGGCUUUUAAAUUGUAUGAUCUUUUUCUUAAAAGCAAAAAUUUGAAGACAAGUGUUUGUUUAUGUAAUAUUCUUCAAAGACUCAGAGCAGAAACAUUGCAUUCAUUGUUGAUUCAGAAAAAAGAAAAUAUAAAAACAAAAUAAUUAGCAAUAAAAGAGUUAAGACAAAUAAUUCAUAAUAUUUUUAAAGAGAGAUUAGAUUUUUGAAUUUCAUAGGUUAGAAGGAAAAUCAUGGCAAAAUAUAUAGAAAAUCGGGCAAACAUAAUUGAAAUUGAUUAAGCUGGUAAACAUCUUCAUUAUUUAUUUUAGUUUACAUGAAUUCUCAGCAGUAGUCGAUCACAGGUUUGUACUUGAUAAAAUCCAUUUACCUUGACAGGAAUCAAACCUGACAUCAACAUUCCUCUGUAAUAUAUCAUCAUGGCUAUUUUUAAAUACAUAGUUUUGUGUAUUACUGUAGAUAAAAGAUGGUAACAGAAUUGUACACUGGUUUUAAGAAGCCUGUGUAACUAACUUGGACAUGUCUUUAAGUCACAUAUUCAUCAUAAAAUCUAAAAUCCUACAAACUGAUUCUAUUAGAUUCUUAGGGUAAGUUUUUUCUUUGCCCACCUCCUUUUUAAAAUAAGUAUGCAUGUCAGCAAAACAGAGCAAUCAUGCUUUUAAAGAUGAAUUGUUUUAUAGAAAACUAAAUGCAUCAGCUCCCAAUGUUUCUGAUAAAGGGACAUCCUUCUAACUUAACAGACUGUUCUUUAUCUUGAAUUUGAAAUUAUAUUGUUAAUCAUGCGUUUUUGUAAUGUCAGGGGGAAGCUGGUACCAGUUCUCAAAACUGUAGGAUUAUAUGAGUGUGUGUAUAUGUAUGGCAAAAUUAUAAAUGACCACCUUACUGUGAAAUACAGAUCUUGAGCAUUUUGAAAGGCCAAAAUAAUUAAGUAAAUGUAUUUUCAAGGUCAUGUUAAAAUUUUUACAUGCUCUUGAACUAGCAUUCAUUUAUGAUUAAAACCUUUUCAGGUUAUUUAACCUAAAAACCAAAGUGAGUGUGGUUAGGUUAAUAUGAGAUUUUUUUUACACAGAAAUCAUCGUGUGCAAUUACUGUUCUAGCUAAGCACCUUAAUGCUUCUAAGUGCUUUUCAUUUUGUUAAGGCAAGACAAGUGGGACUUUCAUCCUUUUUUUCUGUGUCAUUUAUAUUCUAAUUAUUUCUGAAGAGUUUUUACUAGGUUGAGAAGUUUCUAAUGUGAAAAAUCUUGUUCAUCUGUUCAUGCAACAGACAUUUAUUAGGCAUCUGUAGACCAUAUAAUUGAGACAGAGAAACAUUUUGGAGAAUUAGAAGCUUACACUAUUUAUGGCAUAGGUUAUGUAAUUAUGGUAAUUUAUGAUUUAUUCUCUUGACAGAAACAGCUACAACCAUGUAUACCUACUAUUUCUACUACAAAGUAGGUGAGAUUUUUUGAUUUUACAUUAGGUAGGUUUUUGAUUUGAUUUUGCUUUAAGAUAGGCAUUGACUAUGACUCCUGAUUAGCAACGUACAGUAUUUUGUGCUUGGGUAUCUGUGAGGGUGUGUAAUUCUAGCUGUCAAAAGCUGUGCUUUUUCUCCUUGAUUUUAAUACUAGCUGACCUCAGGCAAAGCCACUCACCUCUCAGCCUUUUAAACUGUGAAGUGAAUGGACUAAAUGGCAUUUUAGGCAAUUGUUCCCAGAUUCUAGACCAAGACUGAAUUUUCAGCUCUCCUCAAAGGAAAAAUGUAAAUAAUACUGAUAGAAAGCUCAAAUUUGAUUUUUUAUUAUGAUUAUUUCAGCUCUUGUAGUAUUGAAGUGUCUUUUAUGAAAUGUUGAUGGUAGUAGCUUGGCAAAAUAAUAAGGUGGCAGCGCAAUGUUGGUCCCUACUUUUUUUUUUCACUGCUCCAUGGAAUUUAAAAGUCUGGGAACCACUAAGCCAUCUAAAGUUCUGAGACUUAUUAAGGUAUUAAAAUAACAGUUUUAUUUUGAGAUUUAGUUUGUGUUAUAUGGAAUUUUUCAUUAGCACAAUGGGUUGACGCUUCAUGGAAAGUUACUACAAAAAAAGAAAAAAAGUCUUUACUUCCAUCCGGUUUACCAUCAUGGAUCCAAAUCAAGGGUAAAGGCAAUACAUCCUAAUGUCUUCCCAACCGAUAACUUUAAUUAAAUGAUUAAAUAAAAUACACAACAGGGAGAUCGAUUGUUAACAUGUGUUAACUGAAAUUGCCAGGAUCACCCUAAAGGGGAAAAAAUGUCUAAUCAGUGAAGAAAUAUAAGAUUAUAAAUGAGAAGUGUUGCUAUGGUGUUAGCUCUUACAUCCCUGAACAACAAAAAAGUUCAACCCGAAGCAUGGAACAGAAAAAUGCUGAGCUUAGAGUGUUGUCAGCUAGAUAUUGUAUAAAGUAGAUGUUCUCUUUAAUA